CUCCGAAACUUGGCGCUGACGGACACGCGGCGUGUUCGCCGUGCGGCCGCACGGCGGGUGCGCGUGGAGGCAGCAGUGUCCCCCUGGCUCCGCCCCCUCUGCGCCGUGUGACAACAACAACUCAUCCACGGAGCGGAGCUGCACUUUUCAGCUCAUUUCGCUCCUGUCAUUCCUGCUCCUAUCUUUGAUCACAGCCCGCGCCUCCCUCCGCUCCGCUUGUUUUACUCCCCAACUCAGCAGAGGAGCAAACUCCCGUGGAUUCUCUCAUUUUGCUGGGGUUUUGCCGGCAGACGUAUACUUUUCCCAGGACUGGGGUGACCAUGGCCGUACCGGCUGCUUUGAUCCCACCAACUCCUCUGGUCCCUCCGCCGCCGCCUCCGAUAUCCACUCCCUCCGUCACCACGUCGCCUCCGUCCGCCACCUCUUCCCCGUCUCCGUCGCUGGCGCCUCCCGGACAGAACCUGUUCCGAUCGGAGCUGCUGGCCACCGGCAGCCCGGGCAUCCCGACUCCGACCGGCGGGAGUCUGCCGGGCAAGCCGGUGUACUCCACCCCGUCGCCUGUUGAAAACACCCCGCAGAACAACGAGUGUAAGAUGGUGGAGCUGCGGGGGGCCAAAGUGGCGUCGUUCACCGUGGACGGCUGCGAGCUCAUCUGCCUCCCGCAAGCCUUCGACCUGUUUCUGAAGCACCUGGUGGGGGGGCUGCACACCGUCUACACCAAGCUGAAGCGGCUGGAAAUCACGCCGGUGGUGUGCAACGUGGAGCAGGUCCGCAUCCUGCGCGGGCUCGGCGCCAUCCAGCCCGGCGUCAACCGCUGCAAACUCAUCUCCAGGAAGGACUUCGAGACCCUCUACAACGACUGCACCAACGCCAGCUCCAGACCAGGCCGGCCCCCAAAGAGGACACAGAGUGUGACAUCGCCAGAGAACCCACACAUCAUGCCCCAUUCAGUCCCUGGUCUAAUGUCCCCCGGUAUGAUCCCACCCACAGGCCUGACAGCGGCGGCGGCGGCUGCUGCCAAUGCCGCCAUCGCCGAGGCCAUGAAGGUCAAGAAGAUCAAGCUGGAGGUGAUGAGCAGCUACCAUGGCAAUGCCAACCAGCAUGGGGUCGACGGCGAGAACGGAGACCUCAGCUCCAGCGUCGGCCUGGAACUCCCCUUCAUGAUGAUGCCCCACCCCCUCAUCCCUGUCAGCCUGCCCCCUGCUUCCGUUACCAUGGCAAUGAGCCAGAUGAACCACCUCAGCACCAUUGCAAACAUGGCUGCCGCGGCACAGGGCCAGAGUCUGCCCUCCAGGAUGGUCACCUCCGUUAUAAAGGCGUUGCAGGAGCGUAUCCCGGACAGUCCCUCCCCUGCUCCCUCUUUAGAGGACAGCAGGAGGCCCGGCAGCCACCCGUCAUCCCACCGCAGCAGUAGUGUGUCCAGCUCGCCCGCCCGGACAGAGAGCUCCUCAGACAGGAUACCGGCGCACCACAAUGGCCUGUCCAUGAACCAAGCCCUGCUCGGCCUGUCGCCCAGCAUCCUGCCAGGGCCAAAAGAGGGAGACCUGGCCCAUGACAUGAGCCAUGAAGCAAAGAGGAUGCACAUCGACAAAGAAGACAACCCGACAUGCACUCCAACAGCAAGAGACAGCUAUGAGAGGUUGUCAUUGGCUGGACAGGCUCUUCCUCCCGGCUUCCCCUCGCCCUUCCUCUUCCCAGACGGCCUUUCGUCAAUAGAGACCCUCCUCACUAAUAUACAGGGCCUGCUGAAAGUGGCAAUUGACAAUGCACGGGCCCAGGAGAAGCAGGUGCAGUUGGAGAAGACGGAGCUGAAGAUGGAGCUGUUCAGGGAGCGGGAGCUCCGGGAGACGCUGGAAAAACAACUCGCCAUGGAACAGAAGAACAGAGCAAUCAUCCAGAAACGCCUGAAGAAGGAGAAAAAAGCCAAGAGGAAACUCCAGGAGGCGUUGGAGUACGAGUCCAAGAGAAGAGAACAGGCUGAGCAAACCCUGAAGCAGCCAUCUCCCUCCGACAGCAUGCGGUCGCUCAACGACUCUCUGACCCCUGAGAUGGAGAGCGACCGCAGCACUGGAAGAACAGAUGCUGAAAGGACAAUACAAGAUGGAAGACUAUUCCUGAAAACCACCGUGAUGUACUGAUUCGGCGGGAGGAAGAAGAGCGCGAGCUGGAGGAAAAAAAAGAAAAAAGAGAAACCCUUGAAGAUUUCAGAGGGCCUCACCGGGGCCGAUUUAGUAGUGGAAGCCAAGCUGCUUGUAGGAGUUGAGCGGCCGGCGCUGUCUGCGGCCGCGUGCCGGGGUCGCGUCGUGUCCGAAUGUAGAAUAAGAAGUCUUUUUUUCCUCACAGAUGCCAAUAAUUAAAUAGUUUUGACACGGUGGUGUUGGCUAAACUGAAGGAUAAAAAUAUUGAGCACAGUAAAAUGAACAGCGUGCCGCCGGCGCGCUGUCGCUAAAAACUCACAUUAAUAUUCACAGCACUGAAGAUUUUUUAUACUGUAACUCAGCCAGCGAGAAAGCUUCGAAAAACAAUUCGACUCUCAAGUUUUGUUUUGUAUUUCAAAUUGAAUUUUAAGAAGAUGGAAAUGACACCCGGAUGAAGGGUGUAAAAGACAAAAAAAAUAAAAAAUAAAUAAAAUAAAAAUGUGAAUCCAUGUGUUGAUCAAAAGAGAAGACUGAUGGUGGAUUUUAAUGUUUUCUAAAUUAGAUGAACAUACAAUCAAGUUUCCUUUUUACCAUUGUUGUAUAUACGAGCUCCGAUGAUGAUGAUGAUGAUGAUGACAGGAAGACCACUCCAUCACACGACGGGUGGACUGAUAAGGUGUGUGUAAAUAAAGUUAAGAGGUAUUGUGUAUGCAGUAGAGCUACUAGGCAGACAAUACCACCAUUUAUAUAAACAUAUAGUUUUGUUUUUGUUCAAUUUCUGAGCCAUCAUCCUUUCAAAUAGCUGCCAUUUUGGUGAGAAAGCAUGCAGGCAUGUAAAUGUUUGUGCUGGAAUUAUGAUAUUUAAUAAAUCCUAUAUUGUGCUGAACAAAUACUAGGGUUGACUCACUCGAGCCCAGACGAUUUUGAAAACCUAAUUAUCCGACAUUUCACUUUCCAACGGAGAUUUUCAUCGGUAGUGCUGUAAUCUUUUUAACAAGAGGUGGCGUUCCUUUGAUAUUACUGUACAUUUUCUUACCAUGAGAUGCAUUGUAAAGCACCGCCUCCCCCCGAGGCCUUUUGUAAGCCGGCUGCUGAGGAGACGCCCCCGGCAGACCGAACACAGCCCGUCGCCACACCUUUUAUUUCCCCCCCAAACCAAACGCCGGGUGACUGCGUUGCUCAAAUCCCCUCUUUGAAAUACACGGAGAUGAACUCCUCUUUUUUUUUUAGAAAGUGUGUUUCAUGCUACCCUAAUAAUAAUAAUAAUAACAAUAAUAAUAAUAAAAAAAAUAACUGUUCAUAAGUAAUCAUUUGCUUGUUACUUUCACUGAAGACAGUACUUUUCCAAGUUGGGUGCUAAAGCGCCGGUGUAUAUUCUUUAGACAUGUCGCAGUUUUUCUUGUUUAGUUUUUGACAAACAGAAAAAAAAAAACCACACACACGUUUGACCUUCUGUGUUGCAGUCAGGAGAGGAAGAGUGUCUCAUGUUCACCAUGUGUUUGUUCCUUUUGUUUUGAAUGGAGUGUCUCGGUCCGUUGUCAACCUGUCACUGAUGACUUCCAAUACUGUAGCUUCUCCAAUCAUCUCGUCAUUGUACUUCAAAUUCAA